AUGUCAGUGACCAUCGUGGCCGGGGCCGGGGCUGGGGGGGCCGGGGAUCCCGGCGGCGAGCUGGACUCGGACCUAGGCGGCUGUGGGGGCUGCGGGGGCUGCGGCUCCGAGUACAGGAUCCGCUUCGCCGGCACGCUGGAGCCGCUGGACGCCCUGGACGCGGGCCUUCCCCCCGCCCCGGCCCCGUCGCCCGCCCCCGCCGGGCCGCAGGUGGCAGCGGGGUCGCAGUACUCCAUCACGGGGCUGCUGCAGUCCCUGGGCGCCGGCGACUGCACCCUGGGCACCCUGGGCUCGCUGGGCACCUUGUCGGGCUCCCUCAGCACCACGCUGGGCACGCUGGGCAGCCUGGGCGCGCUGGUGCAGGCGGAGCAGCCGGCCACGCAGCAUCACCUCGCGUUCAGCAAACUGGGAUACAACGACAGCGUGUACGCCGGUUCCAUGUGCGGGCCGGGGCUGUCGCCGGGGGCGGGGCAGGGGGCGGGAGGCGGGGCGGGGGUGUCCGCGGGUCAAGGGGCGGAUCCGCCGUCCCCCCUCGGCUUCUCGCCGCUGUCCAGCCCUGCGCUCCCGAGCAGCGCGACGGGGCACGGCAAGCGGAAACAGAGGCGAUACAGGACCACGUUCAGCAGCGCCCAGCUGGACGAGCUGGAGCGGGCGUUCCACAAGACGCACUACCCGGACGUGUUCUUCCGCGAGGAGCUGGCGCUGCGGAUCGACCUGACGGAGGCCCGCGUGCAGGUUUGGUUCCAGAAUCGCAGGGCCAAGUGGCGGAAGCAGGAAAAGCUCGCCGUCAAGCAGCACCACCACCACCAGCAACCACACCAUCACGCGCCAUCACAAGAGCAGGAGCAGGCGGAACAUCUGCACCACUACCAACACGUUUCCGAGGUGGCGUCCACGCACAUCAAUAUGCCUGUGUCGGUGUCCCCGACGCCGUCCCCUGCGCCCACCAUGGCCGACGGAGGCCCGAUGCUGGGCAGCGCCGCCAUGGGCUUGGUGCCACCCCUAGGGCCGCUUGGCUCCAUCGGCUCGCUGCACUCCGACCCCAGCCCGGUGUCCGGCAUGGGGCUCUUCCUGGGCAUGGAGUGGGGCGUGGGCGGCUUUGCGUCGUACCCCGUGUCCGGAGUGGGCGGGUGCCCGCCGCACCAGCCGCACGACGGCGACCUCGCCAGGCUCAAGUCGUCGCCCGAGCCGCCGCCGGGCCAAGGCGGCCAGGGCCACGAACAGCAGUCAGCCCCGCACCAUGGACACCACGGGCACCACGAGCACGCCCACCACGGCGCCACCGACGCCCUCAUCGGAAGGCUCGGCCUCCACCAAGUCAACGACUAG